GCCUACGUCAAACGCUGGUGCCUCAGAGUCUGUUGAUUGUUUUGAUUGAAAGCGGCUGAAAUCAUCGAUAAUGUUUGCUGCUGAUUGAAAGAUAAACGAUGUCUCUCUCCUCCUCCGAGACAACCACCCCAUGUUCCUCCGCCAGCUGAGCUCCUUUGGCUCCUCCUUCCUUCCUCGCAGCCGUCCCGCUCUCUGCAGGGCCGGCUUCAGGAGCAGCAGUGCCUCCUCCUCCUAUCUCCCCCAUUUCAUCCCCGCUCCUCAUCCAUGGUGGUCAGUGCGGGGCUUUCCCCCCUGGCCUCCUCGACUCCCCCACUCCCACCCUGCAGCCCACCAGGUCGUCUCUGCUAGGACCUUACACCCUCAGAGCAUCAACCCGGCGGACUUCGGCGGUAGGCGUUCGUUCCACACCUCUACCGGCCUCACGAUGGAGCGGCCCAACAGAGACAGAGAGCCUCCUCCCAAACGGAGGAAGAGUGCGGAGGAGAACAGGAGCGUCGAAGAAAGGGAGGGACACAGAGGUGCAGCAGCGGGAGGCAGGGAUGGAGGCUCCAAGAGGGAGCACCAUCACCUGGAUUCCCGCGCAGACAGCCGACCUCGAUCAAACCACUACUGCAAAGAUGGAAGUCGAGACCGAGGGAACACCGCAGCUGGAACAGGCGUCAGUAGGGAAAACAGCAGAGAUAGAUAUGUAGGAAGGACUAGAACUGGGGAUAAACACAGACAGCGAAAAGACAGCGCCGGUCGAUACGACCCCCAAAAUCGAGGGAGGAGCACACAUCAGCAAGGAGGGCGUAAAGAUUCACAACCUGCGAGGACUCAACCCCCAAAGUCAAAACCCGAACAGGAUAAAGUUCCCAUGCACAAACCCAACCCCUGGUUCAAAGAGAGGGGUGCAGAGGAGCAGGGCCGGCGUGAGAGGGAUACAGAGGGAACAGCGGGACAGUCGAGGGACAGAAGCAGUGAUGGAGGGGAGUGGCCGAGUCUCCCCUCCCAGUCCUACAGCACCACUGUCCCCUCGAACCCGUGGCAGGUAGCCGGAGCCAGCAGGGGGCCUCCUCCACCUGGAACCUCCCCGUCUGUCAGACAACACAAAGACGUUAAACCAGCGAAAUCUCUUCAUAGACACUGGGAGACCCCUGCCUGCAGUACUGGCGUCCAACCACCAGGGGGCAGCGCAGCAUUUGAUUUCUCAGUGAUGUCCUACAACAUCCUGUCUCAGGAGCUGCUCCAGGACAACGCCUACCUGUACCGACACUGUAACCCCGCCAUCCUGCACUGGAACCACCGGCUGCCCAACCUGCUGGCUGAGAUCCAGCUGUACAACGCUGAUAUCCUGUGUCUUCAAGAAGUCCAGGAGGACCACUAUGAAAACCAGAUCAAACCUGCUCUACAGGCUCUAGGUUACCAGUGUGAGUACAAGAAGCGAACAGGAAACAAACCAGACGGUUGCGCUGUUAUCUUUAAAUCCUCCCGCCUGUCGCUCCUCUCCUCCAAUCCCGUUGAGUUUUUCCGGCCCGGCGACGCCCUCCUUGACCGGGACAAUGUGGGAUUGGUUGUGCUGCUGCAACCUAACGACACCACGGGCCAGUCGGACCCAUCCGCCUUCAUCUGUGUCGCCAACACUCACCUCCUCUACAACCCUCGCCGCGGCGACAUCAAAUUGGCACAGCUGGCGAUCCUACUGGCCGAGAUCAACCGGCUGUCCCGCCUCCCGGAUGGGUCGACCAAUCCGGUUGUGCUGUGUGGGGAUUUUAACUCCACCCCUCGGAGUCCACUGUACAGCUUUCUGACCACAGGCAGUCUGGACUACAGAGGACUGCAGAUCAGCACGGUUUCGGGUCAGGAAAACAGUCCCAGAGGUCAGCGUCUCCUCACGUCUCCGAUCUGGUCUCAGAGUUUGGGGAUCGACUAUCAGUGUCAGUACAAAAACAAACCCACUGCUGAGUCCUCCUGCGACAGCCCUACAGCAGUAGAAGGAGCGAUCUCUAAUCUCACCGUAGAAGAUCUUGCCAACAAAGCUGCCGUUGCUUUUAACAGAUCGAGGAUCGAGCACGGUCUGAAGCUGCAGUCAUCCUACCAGCACCACCUGAUGCCUGAUGGGAGACCUGAGAUCACCACCUAUCACUCCCGCACAGCCAUGACUGUGGAUUACAUCCUGUACACUCCCGAAUCCAUCGCACCUCUGUUACUUCCUGCUGGGCGGGGCCUCCAUCUUCUGGGCAGGCUGUCAUUGGUUGGCCAGUCGGAGCUGGAGGAAGUCAGUGGCUUGCCCAAUCACCAUCACUCGUCCGAUCACCUCCCUCUUCUUGCUAGCUUCCGCGUCCGGCGCUGACCUGGGGUCGUUGGACGGCCAAUCAGAACAGGUCUCAGCCUCAACCGCUAACAGUGCAGCUCAGGGAAGAUAGGAGUGUUUAACGACCACACAAAAUAAUCUAAAGAAAGGGGAUUAAAUUCAGUUUUCCAGCAAACAGCUGUGAAGCACAGUUACAGAUCUUUAGGGGUGUUAAUUAUUUCUCUGCAGGGAACAAACUCUCUUCUCUAAAACUCUGCUGGGUGGUGAAAUGGUGACGUCCAAGAAGAAACUUCACUUAAAUACUAAAAUCCUAAAUACACUUAAAUCAGCAAAUGUGUAGGCUUAAGGUAGUGUGAGUAAAAUCCUCCCCACAGUGUUGCUAAAGUGCAAAAUAUGAAUAAAAAAAUUACAAAUACUUGAAUGCAGCAUGUCCAAACGUUCACUGAAGGCUGAAAUGUUCCUGGUUUAGACGUUUUGCAUUUAAGCAUUUGAGUUUGUGUUUUAUUUACAUUUUUAGACGAAUCAAAGAUUUAAAAAAAUGUGUUCAGAUCAUGUUCAGGGCAGAAGGAUGAUGUUGCACGUGCCCAGUUCCUGUUUGUUAUCAGGUUGGUGUUAGAAACCAAAAGAACAGUCGAAUGAUUUUAUCCUUUAUGUCGUUAUUGUUAUCGGUGACUUAUAAUGGAUCAUUGUCGAGGUAUUGAACAAUCACAAGGAUUGUUUUAGGCCUGUUCAUGCCCCUCUCAAACAAACAUCGCCUGUAUGUAGAAACAUGGAUUAUUCUUCACGACCAAAGCUCACAUUUCAUUUGAUUCUUCAUCGUUGCCCUGUUGUAGAAAAUGUCAGAGGCUUUUUUUACUUGCUUUCUUUUUUGCAGAAAAAACAUUUGUAUUUAAAACUGCUUUGUUUCAAGAAUUUAUGAAGGGACAGACUUUUUAUCUGUUUUUUAAACAUUAUCACUUGAAAUUAAAAGUGGUGCUAAAGAGUAAAACUACUUGAUCAUUGUGUUUCUCAUGAUAGAUGGCAGAGCUACUAACACAACAUGGUGCAACAUCAGAAUAAUCCUGGAUUUCCACAUUGAACAUUUUUGUACAGUGCAUUAUACUAAAGGGGAAAUAAAUAAAUCAGCAUUGUAUAAAGAGUACCAGUAGGGGGCCAUGGCAGUAUUUGGUUAUGAAAAAUGCAGAAUGUUUAUCAUAGCAGUGAUAGUUUAGACUAGACAAAAAUGCAUGAAAAGACACUUGAAGAAAAGGAAUUGGUAAUUAAAUUCCCCUUGGAAUUCAUACAUAUAUCAUUGCUUUGUAAUGUUUUAUAUUAUCCACUGUGACAAAAAAAGAAAAGUAAAUCCACAUGAAAUGAAACACUGUACAGGAGGAGAUUAUAUCUCUUCAAGUUUGAUUUACUUAUCCUUAAAAAUAUUAAUAAUUUAUAAAAGUGCUUCACAUUUAAAACAAUAUUUAGAAAGGUGGAUAUGCUGUAGAUUUCAUCUGCAGAGCCAGUCUGUAAAAGCUUUUAUUUUGUUAACCUAGAAGUGUAAACGGUAUGAAUUUAGUGCCAUCGGUGAAAAGGAAAAUGGUGGGAUUUUCAAAUGCACUAGUGGACAUUGUGCUAUAAUUUCAGACUUACAAACAUAAUCAACGAUGUCAAGUGGAUAUAUUUUUUUAACAUUCUUGUUUAUAUUGAUUGUAAAUAAAGGACUUUGGUGUUUUUA